AAGCUCCAUCAAGCUCCUCGUCCAAGGCGCAGUUGGUGGAUAGCCCGGCAAUUGCCGAAGUCAAAGCUCCAAGCAAGCAACCUCACCUUGCGCGAUUCACGAAUAAUUACACAACUUCAAUACUCAACAACAAACCCCCUCAACCAUCAAAAUGCCCACGGUAGGACCAUCAUUACCUCCACAUCUCGCCAAGCGCGGUCGUGACGAAGACGACAACGAACGAUCGACCAGCCCAGAAUCCAGCGAGAAGCGCCAGCGCGUCGCAGGGCCAGCUCGACCACCGCGCAUUUCUGGUCCAUCUUUACCUCCUCGCCCGAACUCUCGUUCCUCCAGUCCAGAUAGCGAUAUCGGUCCUGCGCCUCCACCUUCUUCAAAGCCCGCUCGCGUACUAGGCCCGGCUCUACCGCCUGCACCACUUUCAGAACGACCGCCAAACCCUCCUUCCGACGAUUCAGACAGCAGUGAUGACGACUUCGGUCCCGCACCGCCUCCAGCUGGUGGUGUGUCCGUAGCGUAUGAUGCUGAAGAUACAAACCCUGGUCCAUCAGCCUUUGAUACAGAUCCGAAGUACACUGAAGAGUCCAAAAAGGUCCAACGAGAUGAAUGGAUGACAAUGCCGCCCACCCAAGAUGAUCUUGCAGCCCGGAUGGAUCCGACGAAGAUACGAGCGCGGAAGUUUAAUACUGGAAAGGGUGCCAAGGGACCUUCCGGCGGAGGUGGCAUGGGUGUAUGGACGGAGACCCCGGAGCAAAAGCUUAAGAGGUUGCAGAACGAAGCACUCGGUGUGGCUGCACCUUCGAAUUCAGAAGAGGCGGACACCACCUCAAGAAGAAGUCAAAAGGAGGAAGAUCAGGCACGAAGGAUGCGCGAGAAGAUCGAUGCAUCCCGGGGUAAAAGCCUGAUGGAAAAGCACAAGGACAGUGGCACUGGAAAAGACAAGGAAGAUGACCCCAGCAAGCGGUCCUUUGACUGGAAGAAAGAUAUGGGCGGUGGCACUCAAAUUGGUCACAAACAGAGGAACGAGAUGUUGAGUAAAGCCAAAGGAUUCGGUGAUCGUUUCUCGGGAGGCAGCUUCCUAUAGAUUACUUUUGGAACCCCUCUCAGUCUGAUUUUGAGAAGCAAUCCUUUCGGCUACCGAGCGACUCUUGUGCGUUUUCAGACUAUCAUUUGCGUGUACUCAAUCCCCAGAAAGCCAUUUGGUAAUGCCCAUGCGCUGGUCAGGGAUACUCCGCAUGCAAAUUACCUGUUCAUGUUCUCCAGGAGGUCCUCCACUGUAAGCGAAUAUACGGACAAUUUUACUGGAACACGAACUAUUGAUGUAGUGCCACAAGUUCUAUUGUAUAGUCGCAAGAUAGCUAAAUGAAAUUAUAGCAGGAAUUAGAAGCGCACAGCCAAGACUGGACACUCAGAACAUAGCAAAUAACAUCCGAUAUGAG